CACACACGAGCAACGCAUACCACAUUUCUUGGCCACAUGAGCAACUUGCCCCGGAUCGAGCCAACGCUGGUCGCAUUGUCCAAACCAGAGCACCACUCGUCCGCGCCGCCGCCGCCACCACCGCUGUACGUCCCCAUGUCGUUUCUCCCGGCGCCGCAACCCAUGAGGUCGUUCGACGACGCCAAGCGCGACGAGCUGUCGCAUCGCACGAACGAAGGCCAGAAGGCCAAGCGCCUGCUGAACGACGUGAACCUCGCGCGCAACGAGAUCCCCGAGGCGAGUGUGCUGGACUCGAGCAUCCUAAAGGCCAAGGAACAGGCGUUCGCGCGGCUGUGGACCGAGGUGCUGAUCAAAUUGGAGGCGACCGAGCACCGCCGGUUCCAAAACAUGCGGUGGUUUCGAAAAGGAACUAACGACACGCUGGACGCGGUCGCACGGGAGUUGCAGCUCCGCCCACCGACGCUUGAGAUCCCGGAUCGACCCUCGGCCGACAUGCACGUGAACGCGGUGGUGCUGGCGCUGUGGACUGAAUCCACUUCGUCUGGGGGGACCCACCAGCAGCUCAACGCGUGGCCAGUGUUUGGUGGCGUGUGCUACAACAUGUUUAAACCGAGAACAGAGCAGUGGGUAGCUCGUCCGCUGUCGCAGUACCCCCUCGCUCGGCAAGUGACGGUCAACUGGGUCACGAACUUGCUGUACUCCCAUGUGGACUCUCUGAUGGCCCACUGCGAAGCGCCACCUCCGAGCCCGAGCGACCUGUACACGACGAUUCCGAUUCCGACCGCAAUCGCAGAUCAAGACAAGGGUCUGCUGCAAGAGGUCAAGAGCGAGGUCCACAUUGUGCACAUACCUCAACGGAACACGUACCACCUGACAAAGUACCGCAAGUACGUGCUGUUUGUACCUGCGCGGGAGGCGUUCAAGGUGACGGUGGACGGCCGAAAGCGCCGAAGAGGCCAGCACUCUCACGACCAAGUCCACUACGAAGAGUUGGGCACACUCGACAAGAAGGACGGAAUCAUGCUCAUGCGGCGCGGGUCCAAGUACGGCCAGCACCGCGGCGGCACGAUGGUUCAGUCGCAAUGGAUCUUGUCGCGCGAGUUCGAGGACGAAGGAACCAUCAACCCCGUGGUCAAGGAGCGGUACUGUACGCUGGCGUGCAGUAUUUCAAGCGACAUGAAGUCCUUUGGUGUAGAACACGACAAGUUCCAACACGAGUGGGCCAACUGGAGCGUCUAUCAGAAGCGCCGGGUCCAGUUGACGGGCGGCGUCGAGACGGACAUCGUCGAGCUGAUUGAGAUGGCCGUGUCCACGGGUAUCCAGCAUGCAGACACGCUCGAGUUCGUCCCGUACGACGGAGAAACGGGGGCCACGCCGCACGAGAUGUUUAGCAACCUCGUCGCAAGUCUCACCACGCAUUACACAAACGUGUUUCGAGACGCGAACACGAAACUCGUGGCGCAGCUGCGGUCGAUUCAGCCCGGCGCCGUCGACACGAGAAGGGUCGUUGCUGUGCAAGUUGCUGCAGACGUUUCCCCAGCGAGGCCCGUGGAGCAGUCAAUGGUGGCGGCCCCACAACCAACCAUGUCGCCAACCCUGAAGGAAUUAGAGCGUCGCCCACGAAAACGAUCCAGGCGCAAUGACGUGUUUGAAGCGGCCAUCCUCCUGUCGUCCGAGUUGUACAGCAACGAGUUCGACGCGAUGGACCUGGCGCGGGUGGCGAAUGUGUUUGCGAGCAACGCCGACACGGCCACGCUCUUCUUGGGCUUGGGGCCAGCGGUGCAGAGAGCAUGGGUGGCCGACCACAUCGACGCGUUUCGACGGGAGUGACUGAUGCGAUUGGCUAUGGAUUGGGCUAAUGUACAUACAUAAUAUACUUCGUAUAUUGAUCCUAAUGUAGG